CUUGAUUGGAGAGUGGAUGUUUCUCAACACAACUUGGCAAGACUUUGAUGAGGUUUCAACGAUUCUUCCUGGGCCAUGGGUCGACAAUUCAGAUAACCACUCCAGAUCACUUGAUGCAACCCGCAGCUUGCUCUCGUUCAAUACAAGCCCAUCGGACCUAACGAUUCCGAGAGGCCUUUCUCCACUGAGCCUUUCAACGGGAGAAGCUUCCUUGUGGAACUACUUCAAUGAGUUCAUUGCUCCACGCUGUGUCCUGAAAGAUGGCAUCAACCCCUACCGUCAGAUCAUUCUCCGAAUAGCUGCUGCAUCGCCUGGAGGGCCUGUAUACCGGAGCAUCCUCGCGGUUUCAGCACAUCAAAUGCAAGUUCUUAGACAUUCGGAACAGCUGAGGAGUAUCUGGACCUACCGAGACCAUGCAUUAUUUUCUCUGAGAAAGACAAUAUCUGAAUACUCUUCAUCGACAACUGGCGGCUCCUUGAGGAAAGCAUUGGCCCAGCAAAUCACGGCGUCAACAUUGAUGAUGUGUUUCUUCGAAAUCCUGCACGACUGCUCUCGCUCAUGGGAAGUCCAUGCAACAUUUGCCAGGUCUUUCUUGAUGUCGGAAAUCUGCCAUGAACUCAAAAACGACGAUUUCUCCUCCAGCCUGUAUGCGUUUGCCUCCACAUAUUUUGUCUACCACGAUGCUCUGGCCUUCACAGCUAGCCCAGACGCAGCAGCUGUGCCACAGACAGCAAGUCGGCUGUCAAAUCUCAUUGACGGAUACGACUCGUCCAUCUUCAUGACUUUAACUGGUUGUUCGAAGCGUCUCAUCGACCUCCUCUCUCAAAUCACCAGUCUCGCCAACAGCUCAUCAACGCAAACUUCCAGCCGUACUGGCCCAGGUCCCCCUGAAGGAGAUGUCUCCAUCCAAGACGGCAAGCGAAAUUCGACCGAGAGGGAGCUGCAUCAAAUGCAAACCCUUUCAACCCAAGGCGCAAGAGCGAAGUCUUUCUCGGAUGAACCCCACGAGUCGGAGUGGAUUUCUGAGCUGAAGCGUCUCACGAGCCUGAUGUACCUGUAUGCCCGCAUCGACGGAUGUAACCCUUCGCACCCGCACAUGUUCAGACUCACGACCCAAAUUCUAGAGAUCAUUCCAAAGAUCUCUCUUCGCACCAACACUCUUCUUUGGCCUCUAUUCACUGUUGCGACGCUUGACGAAGACCGGCGGAUGAUUCUGAAGAAACUUCAUCUGUUGCAGCAAACGAGGCAAUUAGGCAAUGUUAGGAAGGCCAGGCGUAUUAUAGAAGAUGUUUGGAAAGCACGAGAUCUAGAGACGAGUAAUGCGGAGCAAGGUUGGUCAAUACUUGCAGGUCGAUACGACACCAUUAGUCUAGCAUGA